AUGUUCAAAAAGUUCCACCCAUCUUCAGACGUUGCUGGGCAGACGAGCGUGAAGUCGUCGGUGCAACGAUCAAUCCGCUCUAGCCUACUGUCCCAAUGGAAAAUCGAUCCAGAAACGCUCGAGCAGAUCUGGCCUAAGAAAGAACCUCUGACUCUUGUGAAGUGCAGAGAACACAUCUCCAUAUUCACCCUGCACGGCGAGCCGCUAUUCUUUCAGCACUUUGACGGACCGUUCUUCCCAACGCUGCGUCUGCUCCACAAAUACCCGUUCGUACUGCCUAUGGUCAGGAUUGACCGAGGAGCGAUUCGUUUCCUCCUUGCUGGCGCACACAUGAUGUGUCCGGGUAUGACAUCCGCGGGAGGUUACUUGCCUCCUGCAGAGUCUGCUUUACCUGUGGGUACACCUGUGGCGAUUCACGCGGAAGGGAAGGAGCACGCAGUGGGUAUCGGUAUCACCAAGAUGGAUACCGAGGAGAUGAAGAAGGUUAACAAAGGAAUAGGCGUAGAGACCGUGACAUACAUUGGGGACGACUUUUGGGCAUUGCAAACGCUGUAA